ACGACACUCGGCAGUGCUUGGUAGAUCCGCUCAGCUUGUGUCGCUUCUACCGAAUUAACGGAUAAUCGUGUUAUAGAAUAAGUGUCCAAGGAUUCUACUUGUUAGCGACGAAGGAGUUAGUAACAAGGAAUUUGCAUCAACCGUCGGCAGAGACAAAACUGUUGGGGCGUGCUGACACGGUUCCGAAAAGGAGGACUUAACGAAGAAGGUCGCGACGACCGUGGUGAAGAAAGAAAGAGGAGCAUCACUCGGCGACACUCGGGCUCGGGUCGAGGCGCAAGGUGGUGCGUGACGUUUACGUCGCGCGGUGACACGCGUUUUAACGAGCGGAGCGCCGAGCGAGUUGGAGAGGGCGAGCAGGAAGGACGGACGGAUACGUGCGCGCGCGCGCGUACUCGACGACGCACACAUCGCAUCCAAAGUGUGUUUAUUGCCUGGCACAAAGAAUUGAGUGUGCUUCCUGCACCAGGAGGUUGUGUUGCGGCUGCACUCCGGUUGGCUGUUGUCGUCGAGGCGGCACUCGCGAUCGCAGGAACCGGAGCUCCGCUCUGCCCGAAAGCACGUAUUUCUCUCUCCUUUUUCCCUCUCUCUCUCUCUCUCUCUCUCUCUCUCUCUCUCUCUCCCCUUCUUCAUAGUGAACGCGCGCUCGACUCAUCAUCCAAGGUAUUUCAAAGAACGACGCGUCGUCGAUCAUCGUUACGGCGGAAGAGAAACGAGAAAAUGGCCGACAAUUGGACGCAGAAUAUCGCUUGCCGAUACUUCAAGAAUGGCACUUGCCGCGAGGGGAACAACUGCCGGUAUCGACAUGUACAAGGGAAUAGAAAUGAUGCAAGUAUCAACGAGGCAACAUCAACCCAUAGCUCUGCUUAUAUUGUCACUUGUCGCUUCUUCAAACAGGGAAUGUGUAAGUUCGGUAGUCAGUGCCGUUUCCGCCACAGUUCAGGUACCACAGAUAGCAAUGCCAUGCAGAUAGAUGCAACGGAGAAUGCAGUCUCGGGUCAGCAUACAUCAAACUCUUCGAGAAAUAAAAAAGCUGAAAAACGUACUGCCGAAGAAUGGGUCAAGGCACCUGAGUUUGUACCUACGACUGGAUCUCCAAUCGCUGGAUCAUCUUCUAUAGAUGGAAUGUCAUCUACUUCAGGAACAUCCCCAAGCACGUCGAUGCCAGUCUCGUAUGCUCAAGCUGUUAAUCCAACUGGUCAAGCUUCGAGCCCCUCCUUAGAACCUCUGUGUCCUUAUGCAGAAGCAACUGGAAUCUGUAGAAAUUCAAAUUGCACAUAUCUACACGGUGACAUUUGCGAAUUUUGUAGCCGUGCAGUCCUUCAUCCACACAAUGAAGAAUUGAGGAAGAAACAUAACAAUGCAUGCGUAAAGCAACAUGAAGCAGAUAUGGAAUUAUCCUUUGCCAUUCAACGCAGCAAAGAAAAAUCUUGCGGCGUCUGUUUCGAGACAAUAAUGGAAAAGUCGUCGCGAGAACAGAGAUUUGGUAUAUUGCCGAAUUGCAAUCACUGUUUCUGCCUAACUUGCAUCAGAAAGUGGCGCCAAGCCAAACAGUUCGACAACAAAAUCAUAAGAGCAUGCCCAGAAUGCCGUAUCCCCUCAGAUUUCGUCUGCCCUAGUAUGUACUGGGUGGACACAAAGGAGGAGAAGGAAAAAUUAAUAAGAGAUUACAAAGGCGCCUUGAGUACUAAGGAUUGCAAGUAUUUCAACAAAGGUCGUGGAAAAUGUCCGUUCGGUAAUAAAUGUUUCUAUCUCCAUGCACUUCCGGACGGAACUAAGAAAGACGUGGGUCCACCGGUUCGACAGAGGCGCAACACCACUGACACCGAUAUCGACAUCUUGCACCAACUAAUCUUGUGGGAUUUCUUCGAUGAAAGGGACGAUCGUUGGAUGUAUCUUGAUUUAGAAGAUAUCCCUUUCUUCUCAGAUUCCGACGAUUCCGAUUGGUCCGAUUAUGAACUGUCGUUCGAUUAGACGAGCAAAACUAGUCGACCGACACAAAACUGCCUUGAUACCACUGUUAUCAUGCUACUCUGUUGCUCUAUGUCGAUACCUACUUCCUUUAUCAUUUAUGCGCGGCUUUAGCGACUAAGAAAAUUACUCGAUAAUUAGCAAAUAAUUUGAAUUAUUAUAAUUCGAAGACGUUCUAGUUACGUAGAAGAAAAAAUAGAAAACAAGAAAAACAU